AUGUGUGCUGCUCAAAACCGGAAGACUUCCGAGUGUCAUCGUGCCGAUCGGUCGGUCACCUUGGCGCUGAAGCAGCAGCACCAGGAGCAGUGGUGGUGGUGGAGGUGCUGGUGGUGGUGGCGGGCGAUGCUCGAGAGCAGUGCAGAGCAAAGCCGGACGAGGUCCUCCUCUGUUCGCGCUGGCGGGCGGGAGUCGGGAGAGGAGCCAGCCGGUCGGGGCCUCGUCUGCGGAGUCACCCGCCGGGCUCCGCGUUUUCGUAAAGCGGCGAACCCCGGGCGCGCGACGGCUCAGUCACGACAGAAGCAUGGUGCGGGCAGCGCGAGAGAAGCAGCGGGUCGUCGAGGAACUUUGGCAGUUUUCCGCGAGCAAUGGGCGGCAAUCGGUGGCGUCGGUGAGGCGGCGCGCGUGUCAAAUAAUGCCAGGCGCCGUCGCAGUGGCAACAUAAUGAAGAUCAGACCCGAUCGCAGUGCCGGCGGUGUGAACUUUGCGUCGUUGUUUCUGGUCACGGUGUUCCUCGCCGGCUCGAGAGGCGACUGCGGCGCCGGGCACUGGCCGAACCUUGAGUCCCGCGUCGUCAUGGCGCCGGUGGUGUUCCUGGGCCGCGCCAGGGGUCGCGGGAACCCGGGUGCCGACGGACUCUACGGCGUCACGUUCCAAGUCAACGCCGUGCUGAAGGGCGCAAUGCCGCCGCCGCUGCGCUCCCAAGUCCGGCUCACCUUCAAGAAACCCCUGCCCCGAGGCGCCGUCGAGCAGCACCCUCGUCGCCACCGGCGACGUUCCGUGGCCUGCUACGUCGCCGCCUCCGUGCGCCCUGGGCGCGAGUACUACGUUUUCGCGCAGCUCGACAACCUCAACCUCACCGCCUUCGCUCCGCCGGCCAACGUCAACAAGCGCAACCAGAAGGUCGUCUCCAACUCCAUUUGCGACAAAUGCGCAGUCGUUCCGCAAUUGCCUCAUGCGCAGUGGAUCAUGUAUGGGAUCGGCGCCGCGCGCGUGGCGAUCCCGGAACUUUUCCUGCAACUUUCGUCAUCCUCGACGCGUCGAUUCUUCCCAGCUUGUGCAGCCUUCCGGCGUGAACUUGACGAGGAUCGCUUGGGUCGGGGACACCAAGGCAUUCAAGCUGCGAUUCGGGGAUUGUUGCCUGCUCCUGGUGGCCGUAUUGUGCUGUCAAUUAACCCAACGACUUCGCAAAUCCGGGACCGCGCUGAGACGCCGUUCACGACCCGUCAGGGCACCUCAACUGCGACGCGCGUGAAACACGAGGCCGUGUGCAACCAAGCCCAGGCUGGGAAUCGAGUCCGGCCCCACGCUGCACGGGUUGGUGGGUCCUCUGGCUGGCACGAUGGCGGAAAUUUACUUACCUCAGGGGUUCUCUAUCUGUGCACUGCGGAGCCCUAG